GUCGACGCUGCAUCAGGAUAGACGCACGCUCGCCCGCCCCGCCGAACGCUCCGCUACCAGCGUCCACUCAGACAUUACACUGAGAGAUAUGAUUGUUUCACAAUCGUAAAGAAACUAUUUUCCAUAACGUGUUUUGCAUUUGGUGCAUAGAAAACUUACAUGUCAAAUAUUAUUGCUGAGAUUAUGUUAAUACUUACAUAUAUUGUCGUCUUUUGUGUUAUUUUUGUGAAGGCUGUAGAAUACAGAAGAGAAGAUGAAGGUUACCCUGCAGGAUUACUUUCAGAUUGUCCCGGAUCAUGGAAACCAGCAAUCAUAACACCAAAAACUCUGAAGAAACUGUACAUGUCAGUGGUCGGCGAUAACCAUACAGGUUUCACAGGCCACUACAACUACUACGGGAUGAAUGAGCUGGCGAAGAGUCCCGAUAUGGACUUUAACAAGAAAACUUGGAUUUAUAUCGGGGGAUAUAUGGAGGCCAAUGCGUGGAGAGCUGGACGAAAUGUCGGCUAUGACUAUAAGGCUAGAGGAUAUAAUGUGAUUUCUUUGGACACUAUUGAGUUUACUGCAAGACAUUAUCCUCAUGCUGUCCGGUUAUCACGCGCUGUUGGCAAGCAUGUAGCUGAAAUGCUUGUCAAGUUAACACACCAUGGUCUUGACCCUAAAAAACUGGAGAUCACUGGCAUGAGCUUAGGAGCGCAUACCAUGGGCUUUGCAGCUAAACACUACAGGUCUCUCACUGGACAGAACAUUUCUUCACUAACAGCACUAGAUGGAGCUGGACCUUGCUUCAGACAUAGGACAGCAGAAGAAAGAUUGGAUAAAUCUGAUGCUGAUUUCGUUAUGAGCGUUGUUACUACAAUGGACAUCUCAAGCAUAUCAACUCAUUUCGCUCAUAUAACGUUUUAUGUGAACGGAGGAGCAUAUCAAAUUGGAGAUAUCGCGUGGCUGCCCUGUGACGCCUUGUGUAGUCAUUCCAGGGCAUAUUUUGUUUGGUGGGCAGCUGUGGUACAUCCUAAAAGUUUUAUAGCAGUCCGAUGCGAUACAGUGCAACAAGCUAGAGAUGGUGACUGUUAUGACUUGCAGCCAAUGGUGACAAAUAUAAUGGGUCCGCUGACUGAUAAAUCUAAGCCGGGGAUCUAUUAUUUGCGUACAAGCAACAGAUGGCCUUAUGCUUUAGGAAGAAGGGGCUUGAAGAAAUGUUUAGAAAGUGAUAACUGCUAUGUACAAUGAGCUGCGAAAUUGGAUGGAGAAAUUAUGAAUGAAUUCAUUGAUAACGUCGCCAUGAACUUUUGCUCACCAUACAUCAAUAGAGACUUAUAAAAAUAUAUUUUCACAUUUACAAGUGGAAGAAUAUUGUUAACAAAACCAUAUUAUUCAUUUCCAUAGUUUAUGAAAAAAAUAUAUACCCAAGUAGCUUCCAUUGUGAAAUAUACAUACUUAUAGUUACUUAAACUUAAUAAAUUGCCUAAUUAACUUCAGUUACAUUACAUUGCGUAUUGUAAAAAUAUUCUGUGUGUGUGUGUGUGUGUGUGCCGUCAUUAUUCUAUUUAUUUUUGUCGAGUCGAAUACCUCCUCCUUUUUUGAAGUCGGUUAAAUAUACAUGUACCUCUGAGUAUUAGAAAGGUGACUUUCAAUUACAGGUUUUUAAAACUAUUGCCUAUAAAAGAUAACAAUGUAAAAUACAGCUUAUGGAUGUAAAGUAAGAAAAAACACUUUCUGAUAAUAUCUCACAUUAAUAAUAUGUAUAUGUAAUUUC